AUGGAAAGUAUAAUACCUGACUAUUAUCAAUCGUUGGUAUAUGUCAUUUAUAAUGGAUUCCAGUUGAAUCCAGAUUAUUAUGUGUGCUCCGAGGAUGUCGAGUCACAUCCCACAGGUGUUCGACGGCCUUUUUGGGGAGCCUAUUUUUUUGUCAGUGGCGUAUUUAUACUGGUGAGCUCAAUUUAUUUUAGAUUUAAGUUUUGCACUUUUAGCAUAAAGGUUUUAAAACACUUUGGCAAAAUAUUUAAAGUUUUAAACAAUCUAACCUUGAAUAUACAUUCUUCUCUACUCAAUAUGUUUUGUGGCAAUAGCAAGAAGCAAACUGAUAGAAACGCCAGCUUACAAGACGAUGUUCGUUCUUGAAAUCUUUGAUAUUCCAAUGACAUUUAUUCAUUCAUUGAUUACUGGAUAUUUGGGAUUCUUUGGAAUUGCUUAUUGUGAUCAUCAGCAAUUGUUUUUCCUGUUUGGAAAUUUUGCAAUAGGCUUGUGGUUUGGAUGCUCCGUAUCCAGUUUGUCAUUAGCUUUGCUGCGCGUCUGUGAGGCGUGCCCAAACUUGAAACUUGGAAAGCUGUUCACUGGAUACAAUACCAAAUUAUACCUUCUAAUUUUUUGGACUUAUGCGUUGUAUGCAGAACUAUUAACAAAACCUGCAAUUUUUUCUACGCGACACAUGUCAUGGUUUUAUGACCCCGAAAUUGGAAAAGAUGUAACUGAGAGUGUCAGCAAAAUUUCUCUCUCUCAUAGUAAUUUCAGCCAAAAUACUACGUAAAUCAGGCGCACACCUAUAACAACGCAUCGGUGACCAUUGGUACAACUAUUCUAUACGGUUACCUGGCUUAUCUAGUUAUUAAAAAUACCAACUCUACUUUUUCGAGCAAAUUUUCAAAUUAUCAAAUUACGGUGCGUUUUCUUUUUUACUGAUAAUUACUUUUGUUUUAUUUUAAUUUUUAGGAUACUACUUCAAGCUUUUUUAUUCUCAUUUUUCCACUCGCUUUGCUCAGCAUUGCACGUUUACAUGCAAUUCAUAUCGGCGUUGUAUAGUCUCGUUUUAUUUGCACAACUUGUUUGGCAAUUUAGUACAGGUAGCUUAAAAAUCCUAAUGUUUUAAUGUAAACGUACUUCAGGCUCCGUGUGCAUUAUCUACUUGACACUUAACCGAUCAAUCCGUAAAACAGUUUGAAAAAUGAGUUGUUCAAUGUUUCCUUCGAAAGUGAACAUAUCAGUAGCACCAAACAUGUUUAUCACUUGA